AUGGGCAGCCACAACACCAGUAUGAAGCUUCCCAGCUCUGCGAAGCCUGAUAAUAGCAGAGUCACCCAGUUUCAACUAACACCACCAACAUACGAAGAGAGUACCCAGAAUGUGAUGGGAAAAUACAAAAAGCAAGUGCAACAUGCCAAGACCCCUGAGGACCUGUUGGAACCACUCUUAUCAGGUAUGGGUAUCUAUGAAAAACGAGAGCUCAUAGAGGAUGCUCCAGAUGUAGUCUUUGAGAAUGAUAGGGACUCGACACAAAGAACCUUGAACCUGGAGACUCAGCUUGAAGAUGCAAACUACGACGAGCUUGCUCAAUGGGUAGUCUACCGUUACUAUUUACUUAAUGCAGAAUACGACCGGGACUGGUUCAAUGAAUUUAUUAAGCUCGACGUCACCCUAAGAUGGAUUGUUCAACGCAGAACAUGGUGCGAGCAAAAGGCUAAAGCCCUGCAGAUGCAUCAAAGGGAUAUGUCGUCCCCAGAUUUGUCUCGACUCGAGGCCUAUGAAGAACAAAUCAGAUCCCUCAACUCAAGAUACUGGGAUACGCAUAGGAAGCAAUGGAUCGAGUCAGAAAAGUUAUGGAGCACUUCGGGGAGACGAGCUUUAAUAAGGCAGAGAAAGCACACGGAUUGGUAUCUCUCCGGUGUGCUUCGUGAAGACUGUGUAAAACGAGGGGGCUGUUGCGGACGUAGUUGUGGAUGUUGCGAGAGGACGCGAAUGACCAAGGUCAAUACAGAUGGAGUCCAUGAUCGAGGUCACUGUACUACAGCAUGCAGUUGCUGUCUCGAGGCUCAUGGGAUUGACGGUGAACAUCUGGAUAUGAAAGACGUGGAUGAAGUUCACUUCGGCCCCCUUCUUGAUCACCACACUCUGCGACUGCUGAAGGGAUAUAUCUUCUAUUUGAACGGGAUGGAAUGA